AUGACCUCAAGUGCGAAAGAUUUGUGCGACGAAUUAAAAAGACAUCAUCAUCACGGUCAUCACGGAGAUAUAAAAAACACAUCGUCGUCGUUGGAUCACGGUGUCGUGAAUCCCGGUCACAGGUUGGGUCCGAAUAUAUGCGAUCAAAGCAGCACGCUGUCGCAACAGCAUUCCGGACAGCAAAGCGGAAACACGUCGGAUUCGGAUAAGCCGACAAAGCAAAAAAGACACAGAACGAGAUUCACACCUGCACAAUUAAACGAACUCGAAAGAUGUUUUUCGAAAACUCAUUACCCGGAUAUUUUUAUGAGGGAAGAAAUCGCCAUGAGAAUCGGACUAACCGAAUCGAGGGUACAGGUACGAAAUUAUAAUAAUGAUAAUAAAAAAAGGGGUUUUUAUAUUUGGUUUUCAAAAGGGAAGGUGGGAGGGAUUUCUUUAUUUUUUCUUUUAUAUUUUUAA